UCUGCCAGAAAGUAACAACACAGCGAAGAGAAAGGGAUUGUUAUGGUCAAGAUCUACUAAGAUGUAACAUUGUCUGUUGCUUCUUAUGGGAGACUGCCUGACCGUGGGUGGCUGUCCUUUUUGCGCUGCAACUAGCAAGGAAAUAUCAGGUACGAUCAGUGGACUCCAAUCCUUUCCCAUUUACAGGCUUUGCUUUAUUCUCGUUGUUCUGUAAAAAUUGGUAUAUACAAUAUUGACUGACCAAGAGUUCAGGUCAUUUUCUUGUACGUUUAUGUCGGUACUCCAUUUUGUUCAGUCCUGUCGCUCCUUGUUCUUAUUCCAUUUCCCUUUUGUCGAUCAUGAGGACAUCUUUAGGCCGGUUAUCGUCAUUGCCUAAAGGUCUCCUCAAUGUAUUUCAUUUUGUAUGGUGUCGAUACAAUUCUUUAUUAUAUCUAGAUGAUGAGAUAAUUACAUCUUGAAAAGAGAAGCAACCUGGUCCUGGAGUUCUCGGAGCCGAAGAUCCGUCGAUUCAAACUCCAGUCCUCUAAACUCUGGUUCUUGUCUUACUUGCGAUUGCAAGUUUUUUAGCACGUAGUGUCAAUAGUCUCCUUUUUUGUCCCACCGAAUAAAGAUUGAAUCCUUGUCUUCGACUGUUUUUACUCGAGAGGCGGUCGAAACUCUUUUUUCUUGAAACCAGAGGACGAACAGCGGUACCAGGUGAUGAGCUUGAGGAUCAGGGGCGAAGGAGUCUGAGGUGAGGUGUCGGGGGAUGAAUGGUAAACUUAGUAUCAAGUUUGUGUAUAUAGCUUAUUUCCCCAGUUUGUUUACACUCCUACAAUUUAGCUAGAAUGCCAACACAAUCAAGAUAGAGAUGGUUGUUAAAUGUUUUGGAUUUGGAUUGGUUUCAUCACAGAAGCUGACACCUAUCAUAUAAAUGUCUAACGUGGCAACCCAAAAGAGAGUACGUGUUAGGCUUAGACAGGACGAGUAUGGCAACCCCAUCCAACUCACCGACGAGCAUGGCAACCCGGUUGUGUUGACUGAUGAACAUGGCAACCCCGUGAGGCUCUCUGGCGUUGCAACCAAGGUCGGCACGACACUCGGGUCGCUAAUCUUUGGCAGUGGUGGUGAGGAUGGUGGUGACCAUGGCAGUGCUUCUGAUGCUAAAGGUAGUUCAGGUGGUGGCAAUGGCGACGGCGAGCAGGAGCUGAUGCCAGUCGAGGAGCAUGAAGAUGGUGGCUCAGGUACACAUGUUGGCUCGGCCACUUCAGGCUCUAGUCCGUCUGAGGAAGAAGGACAAAGUGGGAAGAAGAAGAAGAAAGGACUGACUCAAAAGAUAAAAGAGAAGCUAACAGGAGGAAAGCACAAAGAGGAGCAGUCUCAACCUUCUUCCCCUCCGACCACCGCUGCAACUACAACCACCUCUCCGAUCACCACGAACAAAAUUCACCAUGGGGAACCCGCUCAUAAUAUUCUCUAAACUUCAUUUUCAAACUCUUAGCUGAGCUUUUGGUUCCUGUACUUCGAAGACUCGUUUUUCUUUUUGUUAGUAUUUUCGAAGACUUUGAUUCGAUUUCAUAGAUAAGUAGAUUAUAUUUUAGUUCGUGGAUUGAAGUAAAUCGAUAUUUUUAUUAUAUCGUAAAAAAGGAAGGAUAGAAUAUAACAAAUGGUAUAUUUUUAAAG